AUGCAAUCAAUGGGCGGGAAGGCACCCCAGAAGCAGCUGGCCACCAAGGUGGCCCUCAAGAGUGCACCAGCCAUGGGUGAUGUGAAGAAGCUGCACCGCUACAAGACUGACUGGAGAUUCGCCAGCUGCCGUUCCAGCAGCUGGUGCACAAGAUCGCACUUCAAGACCCACCUGCGCUCCCAGAGCUUGGCAGUCAUGGUGCUGCAGGAGGCAUGCGAGGCCUACCUGGUGGGGCUCUUCGAGGAUACCAACCACUGUGCAUUCCUGCCAAGUGCUUCACCAUUAUAUCCAAGGACAUCCAGCUGGUGUGCCGCAUCUGUGGAGAGAGAGCAAAGUUUACAAUGCUAA